AUGGAGGGGGACCUCCCCGCGUCAAAAGGUAUCAUAAAGACCCUUGGCAUAGGGAUUGCCAACCGAGCAGCAGUGUUUUCUAUUACUGAAAAACAUGGUUUUGGGGUGCUGCACUGCGCGGCAUGCCAAGGACAUCUGGACGUUUGCAAGUACCUGGUCGAGGAACUUGGGGGUGAUCCUAAUAUCACUGGAUAUAAAGGUCUGACACCGAUUAUGGCUUCUGCUCAAUCUGAUGAUGUUUCAACUGUGAAGUAUUUACUUGGUCAUGGUGGUGAACUAAUGAAAUCAGAUGACCAAGGAUGGACUGCUCUACACCAUGCUGCGUCCACAGGCAAUAAGGCUAGUGCUGAUGUUAAUGGAAAAAGGUACUAUUACAUCUCCUCUGUUGAUCGCUACAGAAAAGGGAGAAAUGACAAUCCUCUCCUCCUGUUGCAGUUGGGUAGGUUGCCAAUAGAGCUUGCUGCAAUAAAUGAUUGUAGAGAAGAAGUUGAAAUGCUAUUUCCCUUGAUUUUGCCAAUCCCUAAUGUCCCAAACUGGAGUAUUGAUGGAGUAAUCUCGUAUGCAAUAUUUGAAAACGCAAAGCCAUUGAAUGAACAGCAGAUUGAAGGAAGAAAAGCUUUCCUCAAAUCACAGGCAAGUAUGGCAUUCAAGAGGAAGGAUUAUGAGUUGGCAUCGAAAUCUUAUAGUUUGAUGAUACAUCGCGCACCAGAUGCAACGCUAUAUUCAAACAGGAGCCUCUGCAAGCUGCUAAUGGGUGAUGGCGAAGGUGCUCUCUCGGAUGCUUAUCAGUGCAGGAUGAUGCGACCUGACUGGGCAAAAGCUUGCUAUCGUCAGGCUGCAGCUCACAUGCUACUCAAAGAUUACAAGCAAGCUUGUGACGCUCUCCUAGAUGCUCAAAGAUUGGAUCCUGGGAAUGACGAGAUCUAA